CACCCCAGGGUCCCACCCUGACUUUAGGUUUCAAGUUGCAGGAACCUGCAAGUCGCAGGUCCGCUGUAGGGUAGUAGUUUAUUCGUCACCUUGAGAAACACCGUGCAGGCCGUAAGGAAGCGCCCUCACCGCAGGCUAGAGGUCGGGGAAGCCGGCCCUCGGGAGGGCGAGCAGGGACGCUGUGCUGCUCUGCGGUGGCGCCUCGGGAAGGCUCCGUGCCCCCCUCUUCUCCCACCUCUGCUCUCCAGUCUUUCUGGUCUGGAGCCUGGCGGGUGAAGGAGGGCUGUGAUGGAUCACGCAAGAGAGGCGGACCAUCCAUCACCUGAGUGAUGUUGAGUCUCUGGAGGUUCGCUCAGCAAUUGUGUUCAGAGACAAAAGAAAAUGUGGUGAGGUCAAAUGAAGAGCCACUCCUAAGAAAGAGUUGCCGACGGUUUGUCAUCUUUCCAAUCCAGUAUCCUGAUAUCUGGAGAAUGUAUAAGCAAGCACAGGCAUCUUUCUGGACAGCAGAAGAGGUUGACUUAUCAAAGGACCUCCCUCACUGGAACAGGCUUAAAUCUGACGAGAAGUAUUUUAUCUCCCACAUCUUAGCCUUUUUUGCAGCCAGUGAUGGAAUUGUAAAUGAAAACUUGGUGGAGCGCUUUAGUCAGGAGGUGCAGGUCCCAGAGGCUCGCUGCUUCUAUGGCUUUCAGAUCCUCAUCGAGAAUGUUCACUCAGAGAUGUACAGUUUACUAAUAGACACUUACAUCAGAGAUCCGAAGAAAAGGGAGUUUUUAUUCAACGCAAUUGAAACAAUGCCAUAUGUUAAGAAAAAAGCAGACUGGGCUCUGCGCUGGAUAGCGGACAGGAAAUCUACUUUUGGAGAAAGAGUGGUGGCCUUUGCUGCUGUAGAAGGAAUUUUCUUCUCUGGAUCAUUUGCUGCUAUAUUCUGGCUAAAGAAGAGAGGCCUCAUGCCUGGACUGACCUUUUCAAAUGAACUCAUCAGCAGGGAUGAAGGACUUCACUGUGACUUUGCCUGCCUGAUGUUUCAGUACUUGGUAAACAAGCCUUCAGAAGAGAGAGUGAGGGAAAUCAUUGUUGAUGCUGUUAAGAUUGAGCAGGAGUUUUUAACAGAAGCCUUGCCUGUUGACCUCAUUGGAAUGAACUGUGUUUUGAUGAAACAGUAUAUUGAGUUUGUAGCUGACAGAUUACUUAGAGAACUUGGAUUCUCAAAGAUUUUUCAGGCAGAAAAUCCCUUUGAUUUUAUGGAGAACAUUUCGUUAGAAGGGAAAACAAAUUUCUUUGAGAAACGAGUUUCUGAGUAUCAGCGAUUUGCAGUCAUGGCGGAAACCACAGAUAAUGUCUUCACCUUGGAUGCAGAUUUCUGAAGCCCUUCUCAUAAAAAAUUUUUUUUACAGAAUUCGGCUGUGGUGGCACAUGCCUUUAAUCCAGCCUUCAGAGGAGGCUGAGGGCAGGGGGAUCUCUGUGAGUGAUGAUACACACUGAGAUCUUUCUCAAAAACAAAAUAACAGCAAAACCAAACAAAACACAUGGAAGCCUGUUGUUGCUAAAUAGCAAUCUAUUUUUCUGUUGUUUUGAAACUUUGAGUAUUUUAUUUAAGGGAAUGAGAGUUUGAAUAGAAGAAAAUCUAAAACUAAAUUCUAAAUGAUUUGAUUUUAUCUAAAUGUACUUCAGUUUAUUUAUUUAUACAGUGAGAAUGUGUCUUUUUUUGUCAUAAGCACUUAAGAUGGCAUUAAGACUGAGGAGUCAGGUAUGAAGUUGGCAUUCUGGCUUACUCCUUGGUGUGACCUUGGCGAGUCACUUAAUCAGGACAUUUAUCUGUAAGAUUUGUAUAGUAAGUCCCAAAUUCAUGGAGGUGGCCAGAGGGUUAAUACACUGAAAUAGUUUGUUUGUCUAGUACUUUUAUCUCCACCACCUGGACUGCUAAUUCAUAUUAGUGAUAAGAUCAAGUCCCGCAGCAUUACGAGGCAGUCUGCUCCUCUCCCAAGUGUGGCUCAGGCUGGAUUGAGAUAAAGAAUUCCUCAGAUCUUUGUGCUUUUAAUGCUUGCAGGAGGAAUGUAAGGAUCUCCCUAGAUCAUAAUUCUUAUCAACUGCUUUGAAUUCAUCAAUCUGUGGUAAAGAAAUAAUAUAUUUCCUAAUUUCUUAGUGUGGGAGGCAUAUGUAGUAGACUCCAGGUUACCAUGGUUGUGGAUCUUGUAAGCAAAAUGGUUCUUUAGGAAUUAAACGGAUAACUGUUGCCAGGUGCAGCCCUGGAGUGUUUAGACCCUGGCUAGGUGGGCAUUUCUCAAAGCCGUAUUCUCAGAGCUGGUAGAUCUUCCAGAGUUUUUGUGAUAGAAAAAGAGCUGCAGGCAGUGGACUUGGAGAUGCUGUGCUCUCCAUCCCUUCCUAGAAUGCAGUCAGCACAGCAGCUGAGGAAGGAGGGACUCACAACAGAAGUCUGUCAGCACCUCCCACAGCCGUGGAGUGCACUGGGGAACGCUGGCCUAGAACCACUUAUACACACUGGAAGGGAGAGAGGAAGGGGGGUGGAGUGAACCGUGUUGGAUUUGUGCCAACCAGAGGUGAUUUAAGGCUGGCUUCGUUUGUAUGGCCUGUGCUCUUCUAUCUCUAUGAAGGGGUGUUUUGUCAGUGGCCUGUCUGUGCUGCGUGCUAAGAUGAUGAGGGGGAUGGAAGGCUUUCUAAGAAUGAGGCAGGAAGCCGGGCACUGGGCGAUGUGCCCUUCUUCAUUUUCAGAAAGAAUCAGCCUAAACCCCACCAAACCCUGGUCCCAAGUCCAGAUUCUAAGCAACCCCAUAGAAACCACAGCAGCACACACUCACACACGCACACAUGCACACACACAAAGUACAGAUAAAAUUGUGGCAGCUGAAAUUCAGAGAUUUAUCUCUGUUUAAGUUUUUAUUCUAUUUGUUCUACAAAUAUCUGAUCAAAACGUGGAACCCGAAAUAAAUGCAAACCGUACUUCCAUUGUUAAAGGGAGUCCCCGAAACGAACAUGUUAGCUUAUGGCCACACUGACUGUUGGCUCUGUGCUUCCCAGUGGUCAUGUUGUCACCAUAGCCCUGUAAGCACGACAGAGCAGCUGUUACUAAACAUGGAGAGAGGGAGGAGGGCAUGGGAGAAGCUGAAAAACUUGACCAAGACUUUACAGUCGCUGUCCUUACGCUGUAAUAUGUUGAGACUGUCACACCCUUUACAUUUCAUCCAUUAUAAUUUAUUUUGCCUAUUCCUUUAUUAAUUAAACUAUCACAUCCUAUCAUAGCAGAGUAUCAAAAUAUCACAGACCUUGGGAUACAUGGGUAGUAUGUUCCAGGUAUGUAUUUAUCAACUAUCAUACAAAAACAGCUAAAACUUUAAUUAUCUCAGACUGAAAGAAAACUGUUUUAAAGUGUAUGUUUUCAAAGUUUUAAAUCUAGAUCUUCAUGAGUACGGACAGGAACCUUUAUGUGAUAUAUAUUAAUAGUAGCAGUAAGCAGAACUGUAUUUGAAAGAAGUCUUAAUUCUGAAAGACUGAAUUCUUAAUACACUGUUAUAUUACUACUCUCAGUAUUCUGUAUCCUUUCAAUGCCUCCAGGUUGCACAUUUAUUUAUUAUGUUUAGUAUUUUGGUUCUCAUAUAUGGAAGAAUCAAAUGUCUUUUUAGUAUCUCACAGAUAACAAAAAAAAUGUAAUGCCUUUCUCUCUCUCUUUUUUUACAGCACAUGUGUUUCAAAGAAGUUCAAUUUAUCAUAGAAUUAUGUUUUUAUAUUUUAAAAUGAUAAAUGACUUUGUUAUAACUAUAGUUUAAAUACAUGCUUCAACACAUAGAAUCAUGAUGUAGACGAACUUUGGAUGAGUUUUUUGAAGGGCUAAGUUUCAAUAAUAAAGAGUUAUUUUUAUGAUGUAGACCACUCCCAGCCAUGUCUCUGAACCUGUCAUUGUUGUUUAAUUUAAAAAUCUCCAGGUUCUACGUAUGUUACUACUUUAUUAUGUUCAUUCUCCUUUCAGUUGGUGUCUCAUCAUGUGGUUUGGCCUAUCUCACCCUCCGCCCUCCUGCCUCAGCCUCCCUCCCGGUUAGCGGUGUGUGCCUCCAUGCCAGCUACCACUUUGUAUUUUGUGCAUGAAGAAAUGUGCGUGUCCCAAAAUAAUUUAAUAUUCAGAAUUUUGUGUUUUAUAUUUAAAUGUAUUUGUACCAUUUUCAUAGAGUCCAGAUUUACUUUUCACAGUUAAGCAAAGAGCCCAAGUUACUUCCUUGAUACGGAAACUCUUGGUGGGGCACAUUAAGGCCAAAUUAGUUCUAAAGUAUCAUGUUUUGAACUCACUGAAUGAGUUGUCACCCAGCUCAGACAGCUAACAACUCACAAGUCAGAUGUCUGUAUUUCUCCUCUUUUUUCUUUAAAUGAUCUGCUCCUUUGUAAACUGCUCUGGGUCAGAAGGGGAAUUUAAUAUUCCUGAAAACCUAGGGGGAAAAGAUGCAGUCCUUCACGUUUGUGGUUCAAUUCUAUUAAAAAAAAAAACAUAUAAAAGGGCAGACUAGAGGAUGAUGGUUUUUUUUUUUAAUGAAAAGUGAAAUCAAAUAUUUUAAACAUGCAUUUUAACUAUUUUACAACUUUGUUUUGACUUUUUCAAGUGUCUGGUCAUUUAACUAAAUUACUAAUUAUUUAAACAUCUACUAACUAUAUAGCAAGCUUUAUUAGACAUUAUGUUCCUAAAUAUAUUUUGUUAAAAUACAUUAUGGUCAGUCAAACCAACUCUGCAUGUAGAGAUUGAGGUUUUUUUUCCCUCUGAAAAAUUAUGACUUUUUGAAUAAAGUUUAUUGAAAUAAAUUGUAUAGUUAUAUCAU